UGAUCCCAGAGAGGCUGUGUGAGAUGGAAGUCACAAUGUGUUUGAUGACCUACCCUGAGAAGUACACCAUUGCUUCCACUUGGUUCUGUUCAUUAGAAAUCACCACACUUAUUAAUCAUAAAGAUAAUACCAAAAAGUCUGAUAAAACUCUGCAAGCAAUUCAGCGUGUAGGACAAGCCGUCAACCUGGCAGUUGGAAGAUUUGUUAAAGUAGGGGAAGCGAUAGCCAACGAAAACUGGGAUUUGAAGGAAGAAAUAAAUAUUGCCUGUAUUGAAGCUAAACAAGCAGGAGAAACAAUUGCAGCACUAACAGAUGUAAGCAGCUUGAAUCACCCAGAAUCUGAUGGCCAGAUCACAAUUUUUACAGACAAAACGGGAGUUAUAAAGGCAGCAAGAUUGCUUCUUUCUUCAGUCACAAAAGUGUUGUUGCUGGCAGACCGAGUGGUCAUUAAGCAGAUAAUCACAUCGAGAAAUAAGGUCCUUGCAACUAUGGAAAGACUAGAGAAAGUGAAUAGCUUUCAAGAGUUUGUCCAAAUAUUCAGUCAAUUUGGAAAUGAAAUGGUGGAGUUUGCACAUCUAACUGGAGAUAGACAAAAUGAUUUGAAGGAUGAAAAGAAAAAAGCAAAAAUGGCAGCCGCUAGGGCGGUUCUUGAAAAGUGUACAAUGAUGCUUCUCACAGCUUCAAAGACGUGUCUCAGGCAUCCCAACUGUGAAUCGGCCCAUAAAAACAAAGAAGGCGUGUUUGACCGAAUGAAAGUGGCAUUGGAUAAGGUCAUUGAAAUUGUGACUGACUGCAAACCCCAUGCAGAGACUGACAUUUCAUCCAUCACUAUUUUUACUGGAAUUAAAGAAUUCAAGAUGAAUAUUGAAACUCUUCGGGAGAGUCUUUGUUUUGAGUCAAAAGAGAAUCUUUUGGGGACAUUGGAAGCCAUCUUGGAGCGUACAGAGGACUUCACUGAUUCUGCCUAUACCAGCCAUGAGCACCGGGAACGCAUCUUGGAACUGUCAACUCAUGCGAGGAUGGAACUGCAGCAGUUAAUAUCGGUGUGGAGUCAAGCUCAAAGCAAGAAAACAAAAAGUGUUGCCGAAGAACUGGAACUCAGUAUGUUAAAAAUCAGUCACAGCCUCAAUGAACUUAAGAAAGAACUUCAUAGAACAGCAACUCAGCUGGCAGCAGAUCUGUUAAAAUACCACGCUGAUCAUGUGGUUCUAAAAGCAUUAAAACUUACUGGAGUAGAAGGAAAUUUAGAAGGUUUGGCCGAAUACGCCUGUAAACUUUCGGAACAGAAAGACCAGCUUGUUGAGACCUGUCGACUGUUGCGACAUGUCUCUGGGACAGAACCUCUUGAAAUAACCUGUAUACACGCAGAGGAGACAUUUCAGGUGACUGGCCAACAGAUCAUUUCUGCGGCUGAAACAUUGACAUUGCAUCCAUCUAGUAAAAUUGCUAAAGAAAACCUAGAUGUAUUUUGUGAAGCUUGGGAAUCCCAAAUCAGUGACAUGUCAACAUUGCUGAAAGAAAUCAAUGACGUGUUUGAAGGAAGACGAGGAGAGAAGUAUGGCUACCUUUCACUUCCAAAGCCAAUGAAGAAUAAUGCAAACCUGAAAUCAUUAAAGCCAGACAAACCUGACGCUGAGGAGAAAGCCAGGAUAGCAAAGCUUGGACUUAAGCUGGGUUUGCUCACCUCUGAUGCCAACUGCGAGAUCGAGAAGUGGGAGAAUCAGGAGACCGAGAUUGUUCGAUGCGGACGGAAGAUGUCCAGUGUGGCCUAUUCUCUGUAUUUAUUUACUAGGGGAGAAGGGCCACUGAAAACAUCCCAGGAUUUAAUUCAUCAACUAGAGGUUUUUGCUGAAGAGGGCUUGAAGCUUGCUUCAAGUGUACAAGCGUUCUCAAAACAGCUGAAAGAUGAUGACAAGCUUCUGCUUCUCCUGGAAAUAAACAAGCUAAUUCCUCUGUGCCACCAGCUCCAGACAAUAACUAAGGCACCUUUGCAGAAUCAAGUGUUUCUAAAGGUUGAUAAGUGUAUUACAAAGACAAGAUCCAUGAUGGCUAUUUUGGUCCAGCUCCUCUCACUUUGCUUUAAGCUGCUGAAGAAGCUUCAGAUGGAAAACAACAGAUGGGUUGGAGUUACAGAUAAAGACUCCGUGAAUGGUAAAACUUGAGAAGCUUUUGAGCUCAGAUCACCAGAACGCCAUGUGGCAAAGCUGACACAUUUUUAGAAAGCAAAUGAUCCUUUAUAUUUUCAGAAAGUCAAUAAUUUUAUAAACAAUACAGAAAUCUUGCUUUAUUUUCUGAUCAUGAAACUGAUUGUGAAGCUUUUUGAAGAACUAAUAAAUGCCAUGGUAGCUGCUAGAAUUCUAAUUGCAGUGUGAUUUUAAAAUGAGACAUUGCCGCUAAUAAUGUUCUUUAAAAGUCAAGCCAAAAAUCCCAGCUGUCUCAAUGACAGUUUAAUCCAAAGAAGCUAUUUUGAAGACGUGCUCACCUUUAGCAUAUUUUACCUUCCUGUUUUCCAUUUGUUAUUUAAGCUUAUCAUCUAGAACACUUAAUUUUCAGCAGAAAAUACACAGUAGUCUGGUUGAAAGCAGCUUUCCUCAAGCCUGUGGACUCUUCAAUCCCCCUAUCCAUCAGGUGUGACUGGGCCUCUUGGUUGGCCACUCUUGGCUGUCACAGGUAGCACACAGUUGUUCUCUAACAAGCAUCUCACACAGCACAGGUUAUCUGUUGUGAUACAUACGCCUCCCCCAUUCCCAAAGCUCACUCCACUGAAUUCCGGAGAAACUCACUAGGGGACGGCUUUUAGUUCCAAUUCUAGCCAGGAGCUGGCCUGUCUGCACUGAGUAUUAUUAGCUGGAAUCCUCAGCCUAUCUCAACAGCUUACAAAAGUAUUCAACUGUCCUUCUCAUUAGUGAUGGAUAGAAUGGAAGAUGUUAAGACAGAAUGAUGAAA